AUGGCCAAAAUAUGUUUGGACAACUCUGAAGGUGGUUCAUUGCACAUGAAGAAGAUGUCUGAGGAGGCUACUAAACUUAUUGAGAUGGUUGCUAACAACCAAUAUCUUUACUCUUCUGAGAGGAACCCUGUGAAUUUUGAGGCUUCUCAAAAGACAGGAAUCUUGGAGGUGGAUACCUUGGAUGCUAUUCUUGCUCAGAACAAGAUCAUGUCUCAACAAAUUAGUGUGCUUACACAACACUUGAGUGAGAUGCAAGUUUCAGCUAUCAAUGCUCAGAAUACCCCUCAAGAGGCUCUAUAUGACAUGAAUGGUGGCUUUAAUCAAGGUUCUGAUACCAAGGUUAAUGAGGAGUCGGUUGAAAAGGAAGCUCCGAAAGAGAAAAAUGAGGAGGUGGAACACGCCCAUCCCAGGCGUGCAGACAACCCUUUUCCAGUCUCUUCUGACACACAUCCGACAUUGCCUAAGGCUCCCGAAUACAAGCCUAACAUGCCAUACCCUCAGAGGCUCCAGAAGGCUUCCAAAGAUAAAGGCCUCUGGCAAAUGCCUCUUUAUGCCAAGUUCAUGAAGGAAUUAUUGAGUAACAAGAGGAAUUGGAAGGAAAUUGAGACAGUGGUGUUGACAAAGGAAUGCAGUGCCAUCAUUCAGCAUAAGCUUCCUGAGAAAAUGCAGGAUCUGGGAAGCUUUGUAAUUCCUUGCACCAUUAGAGAUGUCACUAUUCAGAGAGUUUUGUGUGAUCUUGGAGCUAGCAUCAACCUCAUGCCACUUUCAUUGAUGAGAAAGCUCCAAAUUGAUGAGUUUCCUUUGGGAGUUGUUGAGGAUUUACUUGUGAGAGUGGGUUCGUUUAUUUUUCCUAUUGAUUUUGUUAUACUGGAUAUGGAAGAGGAUAAAAAUGCCUCUAUUAUUCUUGGAAGACCUUUUUUAGUUACAGGUAGAGCUCUGAUUGAUGUGCAAAAGGGUGAACUAACCCUGAGGGUCAAUGAUGAAGAGGUGGUCCUUAAUGUGUUUGAAGCUAUUAAACAUCCUAAUGAUCAUGAGGGGUGUAUGAGAAUUGAUGUUGUUAAACCACUUGUUCAAGAGGUAUUUGAAGCUGAGGCACUUGAUGAUGCUUUGGAUUCUCUCUCUGAGGAUAAUUUACUUGAGAUUGAUGACUCACCACCUCUGAAAGACAUGUCUUAUACAUGCCCAAAGCUGAGGAAAGAGUUCCUAAGCAUGAGUUGA